ACAUGAACGUCGUUGCUGUGCGAAUAGUCCAUGAAGUAUAAAAAAGCAGUGAAUUGACAUAUUGCAUAUCGCUUUAUUAGAGGUUAGAAGAUCUUUAAUUAAAGAUAUCAAAAUGGGUGUACUCGGAAGAACUACGGAAGCAAUGGAAGUAGAAGUUACUGAUACUCAAAACGGAGAAGGUGAUUCGGGAGAUAAAAAGGAUAGCGAUCUUGUUGUUAUUCACGAGAUUCGAGAGCACACUCGUCAAAUUGAAAAAGCUGUACAAAACAAAGAACCACGAUUUAUUUUGCGUGCUCUGCGUACUUUACCUAAUACACGUCGCAAAUUAAAUCCCAUUGUAUUGAGAGGGCUCAUCGGUGGAUUUUAUACAAAGUCAGCAGCAGAACGCGAAGCACUUUUAGUUUGGGUAGAUGAACCAAUGGAGAUAGAUGACAAUCAAACAGCUAUUCAAAGAUUUAGAAGUUCUUCUGCUAUCUUAUUACCAGAAAUUGAUGCUUAUAUUCAUUUACUAGUACUUGUGAGAUUAAUAGAUACUAGAAAGUACGACGAUGCGGUACAGUGCUCGGAAGCUCUUAUGCAAAAGAUCGUAAUGCAGAAUCGAAGGACUAUAGAUUUAAUAGCAGCUAAGUGUUAUUUCUAUCACUCGCGUGCUUAUGAAUUAACCAAUAACCUUUCCAAAAUAAGAGCUUUUCUACAUCUCCGGUUACGUACAGCUACUUUGCGUAAUGAUUUCGAAGGUCAAGCUGUUCUUAUUAAUUGUUUAUUACGGAAUUAUCUUCAUUAUAAUUUGUAUGAUCAAGCGGAUAAGCUUGUACUUAAAUCAACUUUUCCUGAGUCUGCGAGUAACAAUGAAUGGGCAAGAUUUUUAUAUUAUUUGGGAAGAAUUAAGGCUGCAAGAUUAGAAUACUCUGCAGCUCAUAAAUAUUUAGUUCAGGCAAUGCGUAAAGCACCGCAAACUACUGCAAUUGGUUUUAGACAAACCGUGCAGAAAUUGGCAGUUACAGUAGAACUUUUAUUAGGAGAUAUACCGGAAAGACAAAUAUUUAGACAGGCUGCUUUACGUCGUGCUCUUGCUCCAUAUUUCCAAUUGACACAAGCCGUUCGUUUAGGAAAUUUACAAAGAUUUGGAGAGGUAUUAGAAAACUUUGGACCACAAUUCAGAACAGAUCAUACUUUUACAUUGAUUUUAAGAUUAAGGCAUAAUGUUAUUAAAACUGCUAUUCGUUCCAUUGGACUUUCAUAUUCGAGAAUUUCACCUGCCGAUAUUGCACGCAAACUCGGUUUAGAUUCUGGUGUUGACGCUGAAUUUAUAGUAGCAAAAGCUAUACGUGAUGGAGUAAUAGAAGCUACAUUGGAUCCCGAAAAUGGUUAUAUGCGUAGUAAAGAGACUACUGAUAUUUAUUGUACUAGAGAACCACUUUUAGCGUUCCAUCAGAGAAUAACGUUUUGUUUAGACUUACAUAAUCAAAGUGUCAAAGCUAUGCGUUAUCCACCAAAAUCUUAUGGGAAGGAUCUUGAAUCCGCGGAAGAACGAAGAGAGAGGGAACAACAGGAUUUAGAAUUAGCAAAAGAAAUGGCGGAAGAAGACGAUGAUGGUUUUCCUUGAAUUAUUUCAUUACUAUUAAUAUUAUAUUUUAAUUGUAUUAUUUAAUCGAUUUGGCAUAUAAAACAAUUUAAAGUUGCAUUAUAAUAUAUUAAUACAUGAUGUACAACUAUUUUCGACUAUCAUGAAGUGUAAUUAUUUUCAAAGAUUCAUUUUAAUCCUUUGCACUCCGCACGACUUUCGACGCUGGGUAGCAGCAACUCCGCGCGACUUCGCGGCAGAAACGGCACAUUUAUAGACCCUCGUAUUAUUUAGUAUAACUUUGGAACCAAAUAACGGAUUCUAAUAAUAAUCUAAUAAUGAUACUGGACUUAUAUUAAUAUUAAGAAACAUAUUUACCUAAAGAACUUUUCCAAAAGAACUUAUUUACCAAGAAAAUGUAUGUGUGUAAUAGCGUUGCGAUUGAAAAAAAGCAAACGCGUUCCGUUGUAUUUGAAAUGUGAUACUAUUUGAUAAUAUUUCUUUGUACAUUAUAAAUCUCACUAUAAAAUGCUAGAUAUGCUCCUAUAAAAACAUUUCUUUUACAAAUUCUUCUUAUCGCUCUUCUUAAGUUUCGCCAUAAAGUUCUCGGACUGUCGUGAGCACGCGUCUCGCAUUCUCUUACAACACAAAACCCGCUGACAUUUUUUUUAUAUAUCUUUGUUAUUUUACUAUAUUUUGAUUCGAUGUCUUGUGCUAUUUUAUGAAAA